UUUUUUUUCUUCUUUGCCUCUUUUUCUUUCUUUUUCUCUCUUUCUUUCGAACAAAGGAGUGUUCAGUUUUUUCGUCCCCUAUUUGCUAUGGCGGCAAACUACACAGCCCUGCCGCAGGAUGUUCCCGGCGCGGAAACAGGAAGUGCAUCUAUGAAACCAUCUCUUUUGGAUAAGACCCGUCAAUGGUGGAACAAGAAAAACUAUGACGAACGGGCACCUUUGCUCGAUCGCAAAAGAAUGACGCUUGAACCUCCGAAGAAGGCUACCCUCAAGGUUGUCUUGUGGGUGGUCGCUGUCAUCUUUUCUGUCUUGAUUCUCGGUGCUGGUCUUGUUCUUUGGCUGGAAGAUGAAAAUACUGAGCCUGUCCAACAUGUUCUUACAACGGCUGAAAAACUGAUGCUCGAACUGCCUUCCAACGAGAAUACGCGCGAUUUCUUAAAGAUCUACACCUCGGAAGCCCAUUUGGCCGGUUCUGAAGCCGAUAAGCGCCAGGCUGAAUGGACUCGCGACAAGUUUAUUGAAUUUGGCAUCGAAGACACCAAGAUCGAAACUUACUACACUUUGGUCAACUAUCCUUUGGAAAGACGCCUUGCACUGGUGUCUGGUCCAGAAGAAUUCCGUUACGAAGCUGAGCUUCGCGAAGAUCCUGUCGAUGAAGAUGAGACGAGUCAAGAUCCUGAUGUGGUUCCCACGUUUCAUGGCUACUCCAAAAAUGGAAGUGUCACAGGCCCUGUGGUGUAUGCCAAUUAUGGCCGUCUGGAGGAUUUCCAAUAUCUGGUCGACCAUGGUGUCAACCUGACUGGCACAAUUGCUUUGGUGCGUUACGGUGGCGCAUUCCGUGGUCUCAAAGUGCGUGCCGCCGAAGUAUUUGGCUGCGUUGGUGCGCUCGUUUAUUCCGAUCCUAUCGAUGAUGGACCUCUGAACAAGGAAGGAUACCCGUACGUGAACCCAGCCAAGCCUUAUCCCGAAGGCCCCUGGCGCUCGGAAAGUUCUGUCCAGCGCGGAUCGGUCGAGUACCUGUCCUUGAUUACUGGUGAUCCGACCACACCUGGCUAUGCUUCUACCAAGGAUGCUCCCCGCAUCAAGAUGGAAGAUUCGCCUGGCUUGCCCAAAAUCCCCUCGUUACCCUUGUCGUACCGUGAUGCUUUGCCCUUGCUGAAGGCAACCCAAGGUCGUGGCGUUCGUGGUGAGCAUGAUUGGGCUGGAGGAUUAGAAGACGUCGACUACUACAGUGGUCCCACAGAAGGGGAUGCCAUUUUGGAAAACAUCCUUGAUUACAAGAUCACUCCUAUCUGGGAUACUAUUGGCGUUAUCAAAGGUUCUCAAGAGCCUGACAAAGCGAUUAUCUUGGGUAACCAUCGCGACGCUUGGGUAUACGGUGCCGUCGACCCUUCAUCCGGCUCCGCUUCUAUGCUUGAAUUGGCCCGUGUCUUUGGUGAGCUCCUCAAGACUGGCUGGCAGCCCGCACGUACUAUCAUCUUGGCUUCGUGGGAUCAGGAAGAAUAUGGCUUGGUUGGCUCUACGGAAUGGGUUGAAGACAACAGCGACUGGCUUAGCAAGGAAGGCACUGUGUACAUUAACGUUGAUGUGGCCGUCUCGGGUCCACACUUUCAAGCCCAAGCAUCGCCUUCCUUACAGCGAUUGCUGUACGAAGUAACUAGCUAUAUCCCUGACCCACGUACCAACAAGACUGUGUAUGAAGCUUGGGGCGACUUCACCAACCGUACUGGCACGCCUGCUGCCCAACCCUUUGUUGGCCAAUUGGGCUCGGGCUCCGACUUUGUCCCCUUUUUGGAUCACUUGGGUAUUGCCAGUAUCAGUCUUGAAUUCGAUGGCGACUACGGUGUUUACCACAGCAACUACGACAGCUUCCACUGGAUGGAUACUUACGGCGAUCCAGGUUUCUACUACCAUCAGACCAUGGUCAAAGUCUGGGGCAUGCUUGCGCUCCGCUUGGCAGACAGCCCAAUCUUGCCUUUGCAUCCAGGCGACUAUGCUGAUGCACUGACAGAAUAUGCUUCGCGUCUUUCAGUGUAUGCUGAAAGCAAAAAGGAUAAGGGCCCAUUCCCGAUCUUGAGCAAGGCUAUUCACAAGUUGUCCAAAGCUGCUAAUAAGUUUGAAAAGAACUUGGCUCGUUUGGAAUAUCAAGUACAGGGCUACAACAAUGUGGCUAGUCUUCCCUCAAAACUUGCCCAUCGUGUCGCCAAAGCGAACGAUCGUUUAACAUACUUUGAGCGUGGAUUGUUGGACCCUGAAGGUAUCAAGGAUCGUACUUGGUUCAAGCACGUUGUGUACGCUCCUGGACUGUGGACCGGCUACGCUUCCCAAGUAUUCCCAGCCAUUGCCGAUGCAUUGGACGAGGGCGAUGCUGAUCUGGUUAAGCACACUGAGAAAAGGGCCGCCCUCAGCAUCAACCAGGCCAGAAAGUCGCUCAAAAACUAAGAAUGAUUCCAUUUCUAUUAAAUAUUCAAGUUUUUCCAUGUAUAAUAAAGGUUGUUUAUAUUUAUUGUGUGCCCGAGCACUCAUUACAG